CUCACGUCAACAGCACAGAGUGGCUUUCCAUACCUGACCGCAAUAUCCGAUUUGAAAUGGGCAAUUGUUUUGGUUCAGAUGUGUCUUCAGAUUAUGCAGCGGGGAGGGCGUACACUGGCGAGAGCAUUAAGGAGCAGGAUAUUGAGGCCCAGGAGCUGCUUGGAGGCUCUUUGGCCUACUGCACAUGGAUUAUGCUUUCAGUGGGAGCUAGGCGGCUAAAGGAUGCAGAUGUGUUCAGCAAAUCAGACGCCAUGGCCGUGCUCUACGAGAAAAAGGAGGGAAGCUGGGUAGAGUUCGGCCGCACAGAGAUGAUUGCAAACAACCAGGACCCCAACUUCGUUCACCGAUUCAAGAUCCUGUACAACUUUGAGAGAAUCCAAAGCUUCAAGAUCUUGUUCGUGGACGUCGACAAGGGCCAGAACAUCGCCAGCAUCGACCCCAACAAAUGUGACUUCCUGGGGCAGGCGGAGUUCACACUGAGCGAGGUGGUGACGGCACAGGGCAAGAAGCUGGGCCGCACCAUGACCAACAAGGAGGGCCGCAACACGCAGUCCACGGUGGUCCUGAUUGGGGAGGAGAUGUCCAACGCCAAGGAGGUGUACAGGAUCAAACUGUCGGCUCAGAAGCUGAAGAACGUGGAGCGCUUCUCCAAGUCCGACCCCUUCGUGCAGAUCAGCCGCAUGCAGGAUGACGGCACCACCUGGCUGCCUGUGUACAAGACGGGCGUGCGGCGGGACAACCUGAACCCGUCGUGGGACGAGAUUGUGGUGCGGGCGACGCAGCUGUGCAAUGGCGACCUCGUCCGGCCGUUGAAGCUGGAGGUGUUUGAUUACGAGUCAAACGGGUCUCACCGGCCGCUGGGUUGGGUGGAGCUGAGCACAGAGCGCAUGAUCGAGCUGGGGUCGAAGGCGGGGUCCUUUGUCACCCUCAACCCGCCGCGUGGAAAGCCGCCUGGCGAGUACGGCACGCUGCAGAUCAACUCGUUCACGGUGCAGACGCGCUCGACCUUCGUCGACUACCUGACUGGCGGCACCGAAAUCGGCUUCGUUGUGGCCGUGGACUUCACGGCCUCCAAUGGCGACCCGCGGGAGCGCGCCUCCAAGCACUACUUCUCAGCUGGCCCCACCCAGUACGAGAAGGCCAUCAUGGGCAUUGGGGCCAUCCUGGAGCACUAUGACCACGACAAGAGCUUCCCCAUGUUCGGCUUCGGCGGCGUGUACGGCAAGAACCCCACCGACCACUGCUUCCCCAUGGGCGCGCCGCCCGACAGCACCUGCAUCGGCGUCAACGGGCUGCUGGCCGCCUAUCGUCAGGCUCUGGGCACGUGGUCUCUGUCCGGCCCCACGCUGUUCGCGCCCAUCAUCCGCGCCACCAUCCAGCGGGCGCGCGCCACCGUGGGCGCCAAGCCGCCCAAGUACACGGUGCUGCUCAUCCUCACGGACGGAGCCAUCAUGGACAUGCCGGACACCAUCAACGCCAUCAUCGAGGCGUCGGCGCUGCCCAUGUCCAUCCUCAUCGUGGGCGUGGGCAGGGACAACUUCGGCGACAUGCACACGCUGGACUCGGACGACCGCAAGCUGUCGAGCGGCAACCGCACCGCGGUCCGCGACAUCGUGCAGUUUGUGGAGUUUGAGAAGUACGCGGGCGACGGCGUGCGUCUGGCGCAGGAGCUGCUAGCGGAGCUGCCGGGGCAGCUGCUAGAGUACAUGCGGGCCAACAACGUGCAGUGUCCUCCGCCGCUCACAGCGGCGCCAACCAUGCACCCCGGCGGCCACGCCGCUCCGCCGCCAGGCGCCCCACCCCCAGGGGCACCCGGGGGCUACCCGCCGCCCGGUGCACCGCCGCCGGGCGCUCCUGGGGGCGGCUACCCGCCGCCCGGCGCCUACCCGCCGCCGGGUGCGCCGCCACCACCUGGUAGCUACCCGCCAGGUGCAGCUCCCGCCGGCUCCUACUCGACACCCGGUGCGCCGCCGCCAGGCGCCUACCCGCCGCCCAGCGCGCCGCCGCCGCCGCCGCCGGGUGCCCCCGGCGGCUACCCCGCUCCCGGCGGCUACGCCGCUCCUGGCAGCUACCCCGCUCCUGGCGGCUACCCGCCACCUGGCGCGGCGCCACCGCCCAGUGCGCCCGGCUACCCGCCGCAAGGCGCCGGCUACCCGCCACAGGGUGCGGCGCCGCCUCCCAGCGCGCCUAGCUAUCCCGCACUUGCAGACCCCGUGGCGUUCAACGUGCCGCCGCCCGCGCCGUGAGCUGAAGCGGAGCGGAGCUUGACUGGCUGCGGCAUGCGACGGCGCCGCCAACCGAGCCAAAGCAGCGGGCGUUGCUUGCCGCGUGGGCGUGAUGGCACCUAGCGCGGCCGAAUUCAGCGCAGGACAUUAGCAUCUUCAUAAAUGGUAGCGGGUGUGGGGGCGGCCCUUGGCUGUGUGUUUAGGGUGCGAUACGGCAUCACGAGGUAGGGACGGUGGUGCCUGUGGGCUGUGCACGUGGCUAUGUACAUGGCGUGUCAAUUCAUGCAUAGAUGCCCUUGGUUACGCUGGUGGGAAUUGAAGCGGAAAUACGUGGAACUGCACGGCAGUGCACUGUGGGUACAUGCGCCGACCUAGAGUGCCGGUAGAAAGCGCCCGCUGGAUUCCUUUGCAGCGCAUGGCUCAUACCGUAAGUCGCACAUAGCUGGGUAAGCGUCCAGGUUUGAUUGUGGAACGGCAUUCGGUUGCCGGUGAUGCGCACGUAGGCGAUAGAUCCCUUGGCUUUCAAGUUGUUGCACAGGUAAAAUGGGCGUGUCCCUUCCCUGCGGCAGACAAACAGCCCCAGACAAAAAGCACCCCAAGUCCGAGAACCAGAUGUAAACGCGGCCCAAC